AUGGAAGAAAUAGUUGAAGCUCGAAAAUCAGGACAGAGGGUUAUUGGAGAGCCAGUAGUUUAUGGGUUAGUCCUUGAUGAUUCUGGGCUCUGGGAUCCUGGCUUCAUCAACGCAGCAAAGUAUGUAAUGAGUCCCCCUAUUAGAGCAUUGGGACAUGACAAGUCCCUUCAAGCUGCUUUUUCAACUGGAAAUCUGCAGUUUGUAGAGACUGAUCAAUGCGCCUUCAAUUCCACACAGAAGGCUUUUGGAAUUAAUGAUUUCCGAAAAAUUCCUAAUGGUGUCAAUGGUAUUGAGGAGAGGAUGCAUCUGGUUUGGGACACAAUGGUGGAGUCUAGCUAA